CAUAGUUGAUAUGUAACGUUAGACAGCCAUUAAUAUUGAGCUUUAAUUGUGAAAAUAGAUAUUUCAAUUGGACGUACGUUAUCACGGGGAUAAAUGGUAGAUAAAAGUUAAAUAAGCAGCAUUAACGUCUCGGAUAUGAAGAAUCAAUCAUAACGCUCCCGUUCCAUCGUUUCGAUUCUCGUUCAGCAAUUCUAUAUUUUUCAUUUCCAAAGUUAAUCUGAUCUGGGUAAAGCCAAAGCUUGUCGCGGGUACGACACAUUGUUAUGUGCGUAUAUAAAUAUACUUAGUUACAAAGAAUUGGACAAGAGGUAAAUGUCAACAUCUUACGACUAAACAUGGAUGAGGAUUCUUUAGAUCCGAAAAAAUUGAGGCCAACAUUAGAGACUUAUAAGAAGUUGUCGCAGGACAUUUCUAAUCAUGAUACUAUUCUGAAGGAUAAGACGGUGCUCUCGUACGUUGCCGUUGUAUUAGAAUAUCCUGAUGAGGAAAUCGUGUUAUUGGCACUCGAUAUUCUCGAGACCUUUAUAAAAAAUGUGGAAAACUAUAAUCACAUAACCUCGACUUUUGGUGUUAGGGAAGCCCUCGAUGCAGUUAUCAAUAAAUACUCUACGAACGAUUCAAAAUUGGCUAAGCGAGCACAAAUCAUUAAGGAUAAUAUAGAACGCAUGAAGCCACCAAUUUAUAAUUUACGUAGUCGUUGUAGAAGGGUUAUAGAGCCAAAGAAAUUGAAAACUCACGUCAUUGUUUUACACGUUCAUGGCUUGUUACCCGAAACACGAACAGAAUUAGAAUAUACUUUAAUAAGGAUCGAAGGUUUAAUUUCAUUAGUUGUUGAUGUAGAACAUCAACGUGUAACGAUGAGAGCAUUGGUCAAUGUGUCGGCUAAGCAAAUUGCUGAAGCCAUUAAAGAUAAUAAUCCAAAUAUGGAGGCACGGCUAGUUACAAGAAAUAAAUAUAAUCAAGAAUUUUUAGUUAAAUUGAUCGAUACAGAAACAGAGGAUUGCGACGAUUUACCGGAAUACUUAAUGGAUGAUGACGACCAAGUGGAAGGAAGAGAGGGGGUUUUAUCUCUAUUUACAGGUUUAAGGCAAAGUGCAUCUACGUUCUACAAAUCAACGGCUGAAUUCCUACACAAUUCCUUCUAUUGGUGAAAAAAAAAAAAAAAAAACAAACAAAAAAAUGUAUUAAGAAUUGUAUAUAUUUACUAAGCGCAUUUGGAAAAAUUGUUGAGUUAUGCAUUUAUCCAAAUAAGUUGAUGCUCUAAGAGAUUUUUGACUGUAGAAAAACUAUAGCUGUGAGUAUUGACUUUUCUGUAACGUCAUUAGGAAACGAGUUUCGAAUCUCUGUUUCUAAAAGAUCUUUAGUAGGUGUUAUGAGUUUUAAAGUUUUUUGUAUAUUUUGGUUUUAUUAUCCAUUAAUCAUCGUUUAAUCAAUCAUUUCACGUUAUUCAGUAUGAUUGUUAAUCGUAAGUGUUAAAUUGUAAUUUUUAAACAGACUGUAACGAAACCUUAUAAGUGUGCGUGAUAGAUUAUUCGUGUUACUAUUUAUCUGCAAAAAUAAUUAUCGCAAAUUUAUCGAAAGUUAUUGCAUUGACUUCCAUUAUUAAACUUAAUUAUUAUAAAGAUUGAAGGACCUAUGAUGUCUCGUAUACUGGAAUAUUUUACAUAUGUAUGUAUGUAAUGCAUCUAUCACUUUUAUUUAACAUUGAUAGAGAGUGCUUCUAGCAUCUUAACGCAAAUCGAUUUAUAAAAGUAAAAUGAACCGUCUUUGAAUGCGAUGGGCUUAAGCAUUUUGUUAUACUCAUCAAUCACGAGGCUGUGCGAAUAAAUAUUUUAUAUACACGUUAUCUUUUACAUUUCUUAAAAUGAAAUGACAAACGUUUACU